AUGAAGUUGAUGCAACUGAUAUUAUUACUAUUAUGUAUAAUUAAAACUUCAAACGGAGUGAAUAAUGGAUUUCUUAACCCGAAACUGACAACUUACCAGCCACCCUUUGAACCAAUAAUUCUUGACCUCAGACUUGAAAGUUCGACCAAAGUAUUCGAACAUCUCGAUAGAGAUAACUCUGAGGAGUACAUAGCAAAGGAUGGAUAUAUCUUCGACGUGAUUGUCGUGACAUCUCCUUUUGGGCCAGUUCUCCAGCAUAUAUACAAAGCCAGGGAUAUAAGUAAUUGUGCUAUAAAGGUGAUAAAAUACACCUUUUGCCAUGAUAUCACCUCAGUUUCACUAUUCCUGGUGAAUGGAGACUUUAAAAAGUUAGUUAAGCAGAACUACGAGUGGGUGGAAGUGAAUGACUUAAAAAUAGACAUUAGCAAUAACAGGAAUAUUGACACUUCAAUGUACGUUAUUCAACAUUCUGGUAGUUUCAAUGAAGUGGUAAAAGAUGAUAAGAAGACGAGAGUGUUCAGAAGAUUUCAUGACUACAAACCAACCACAAUCGUCCUCAUUAACAAAGUGGUUGAAACGAGACCUGUUUCCGGUGAAGAAACUGUGAUUUGGAAAACUGACAACACCUUAUAUACGGCGUAUCAAGUCUCAAUUUGCACUUAUCAGAACCUGAGAUACUUGGCCAUUUUGCAUAAAAAUUACGAUUACACACUGUUUUCAAGGGAAAAUACUGCCAAAACGUGGGAUGAUAUCACAUUGUCAAGGUUAAAUAUGAGGGAAUUAAGGUUCUAUUUUGAAGAUGAAAAGGAUUUAAGCUUUGUUCAACAACUUUCCAAAAGUUACGUCGUAUACUUGAACCAAUUCAGAUAUGUGAUUGAUUUUAACUUUGAUCAAAAGCUUUUGGACAAAUACACGUUUAGAUUAGCCAGUAAUUUACAGUAUAACAUUCUGGAAGAUACUAUUAGUGUUCAGUACGUCAACGGCCUCAAAGUUACCCUAAACCCAGGCGUUAGAAACAUUAAACUCUAUUAUAACAAAAUUUCAAAUAUUAGUAAACAAAAAAUCUCUACCAUGAUGACCAGAAGGCAUUUUAUAUACAAGUUACCUGAGUAUUUUGAAUUUGUCAACAAUAUCAACAAGACAGGCAUGAAGAAAAAUAAUGAAUCAGACAAUGAAUCUGAUAUGGAAACUGAGACUUCAAGUGAAACUGAGGAUAAAUACGAUGGGCCACCUCAUGAUAUACAUUCUUGUAAUGAAGCUGAUAUAAACCCCGAAACUUCAUGUGGAACUGAAACAAAAUACGAUACUCCAGCUCCUGAUAUUCCUUCUAAUACCGAAAGUGAUAUUAAAUCUGAAGAUCAAAGUGAAAAUAAGCCAGAUCAACAAACUGAUGGUAAACCAGAAGAAAACAGUGGUAAUAAAGUUAAUAAUGAUGAUAAAGAAGUUGAAAAUACUGGUAACGACAAUAAUCCCUCUGACUCAGCUGACAGUAAUACCAUAGUUGGUGACGAUAAAUCAGAAGAAAAGAAGUCGACGGAUGGUACAAAUUCAAGCUCAGAAGAAGAAGGAGAGGACUUAGAAGUUAGUGAUACGAAAACAUUUGAGGAAUCUGACAGUUUAUCCAGUGAUUCAGAAAUGUAUUCUAGAUAUAAUGAAUCAGAUGAUGAACACAGCAAGUUAAUAGAGCUGGAUAUUAAUGUGAGAAAAGCAAAAAUAAGCCAUAAGUAUAUAAGAAGUGAUAAGUAUUUCGAAUUCUCAUGUAUUUCGGGAUACGAAUUUGUCAAAAUCUAUGAAUCGAGUCUCGGACCCCAAGAUAAAAAAGAAAUUUGGUCAACACAUGAUCAAAACGAGUCUGUUAUAAAGGUGUUGUUAUUGGAGGGGAAUCAUACGAAAUAUCUCAUGGGACUGAGAUAUAAUUACGCGUUUUUCUUGUACAAAUGGAAGAUUGAGGGUAUGACAUGGGUUGAAAUAACUGACAAAAAGGUUAGUUUGAACAACUUGAGGAUGAUUGACGUGAACGGAGCUGAGAUUAGGAACCCAAACAUCAUAGCCAGCUUUCACGAAUUCCAGCUAGAAGUUAUUCCCAGAAUAACUUGCCACAAAAUUUACUAUAAGAGCCAGAAAAUGUGGGAAGACACUGAGAAAAAAGUACUGCCAAAGAUAGAUAUCAUUAUCAUCAAAAUCCUCGAAGACAAAGUUAACAUAUUCUUCAAGAACGGACAAGUCAAGAGAUUCGAACUUUACAGUGAUAGAAUGUUAUUGAUCUCUCAAGGUCUAUCAACAUACGAAUCUCACUAA